AUGGCGUCUCCGAACCCCCAUAUUUCUGUGUUUGAAGAGUUGAGUGAAGUGCAAGUGUUGGACUCAAAUGAGCCGCUUGUCACGGCCUCCUCUACUGCGCCGUCUUCAAGUAGUGCGCGAGUGUUGGACUCAAUAGAGCCGCUUGUGCCUACUACUACGCAAGUGCAAGUAUUGGCCUCAAAUGACCCACUUGUUCUCCCAUGUGUGUGA